AUGCCUCCACGUCAGAUUGUUGUACCUAAGGAAAGAUGGAAUGUUGGGAAAGAGGCUGUUAUCAUUCGGGACCUCAUUUCUUCCCUUUUAGAGAAAGGCGCAAUAGAAGCAUGUGAGAAUUGUUCAGGUCAAUUUCUAUCAGACAUUUUUGCGGUACAGAAAUCCGGGGGAGGAUUUCGUUUAGUUUUGAAUCUGAAAAAAUUAAAUGAGUUCGUUAUUACGACGCAUUUUAAACUAGAGGACCGUAGGACGGCGAUAAAUCUUGUAAGUGAAAAUUGUUUUUUGGCAACGAUCGAUUUGAAGGAUGCCUACUAUGCAGUCCCUAUAGCAGAAGAACAUAGAAAGUUCUUGAGAUUUCGGUUCAGCGGAGGUCUCUAUGAAUUUACCUGUUUACCAUUCGGAUUGGCAUCGGCUCCGUACGUUUUCACUAAAAUUCUCAAACCGGUAAUGGCGGAAUUGCGCAGUAGAGGUUUUCUUUCCGUAAUUUACUUAGAUGAUAUUCUUGUUAUUGGAAAUUCUAUGGAAAAUUGUAAGGAGAAUCUUUGCAUGACGCGCAAUCUCAUUGAAAAAUUGGGUUUUAUAAUUAAUGAGAAGAAAUCUCAAAUUACUCCAUCAAAAAGGUGUAAAUACCUCGGGUUUUGGUUCGAUUCCGAAAGAAUGCAAUUGGAACUUCCCGAAAAUAAAAAGAUCAAAUUGAAAGACAUUAUCGAGAAAUUUCGCCGCGCCAAGAAAUGUAAGAUUCGGGAUUUCGCUCGGCUUGUUGGUUCGCUAGUGUCAAGUUGUCCAGCGAUUCCAUAUGGAGUCGCACAUACAAAAAUAUUUGAGAGGGAGCGUUAUUUAGCUCUGUUAGACUCCGGUGAAUGUUUUGACAAAUACAUGUCAAUAAAUCACGGACUGCAGGCGGAAUUCUCGUGGUGGUUGAAAGCGAUUGAGAGUCCGAAGAAUUCAAUAAGAUCUUUGAAGUUUGGUAUGGAGAUUUUUAGCGAUGCGUCGCUAACCGGUUGGGGAGUUGUAUGUGGCUGCGAGAGGUCUCAUGGUUUUUGGAAUGACGAUGAACGUCGGUGCCACAUCAACAUAUUAGAGUUAAAGGCAGCAUAUUUCGGGUUAAAGUGUUUCGCCAGUAAAAUAAAAGAUGAAGAUAUUUUGUUGAGACUGGACAGUACUACUGCCAUCGCUUACAUUAAUCGGAUGGGCGGGACGCGUUUUGAAAAGUUGAAUAGCAUGGCAAAAAAGAUAUGGGAAUGGUGCGAAGUACGAAAUAUUAGAAUUAUGGCAUCAUUUAUCGGUACAAAAGAAAACGCAGAGGCUGAUUUCGAGUCGCGAAGGCUUUAUAUGGAAACGGAGUUUUCUCUAGCGAGUUGGGCUUUUCGAAAUAUUUCUAAAAGGCUCGGUAAGCCUCAGAUUGAUUUAUUUGCAUCGCGCGUCAAUGCAAAAUGUAAACGUUUCGUUUCUUGGUUUCGCGAUCCGGAAAGCUCGGCGACAGAUUCUUUCACGAUUCAAUGGAGCGAUUUCGCAAUUGCUUAUGCUUUUCCCCCAUUCUCAGUUAUUCCGAGGGUUUUACGAAAAAUGAGGGAGGAGGGAGCUACGCGAACAGCCUCAUCCAUUGUGGGAGAACCUUACCCUGGAGGUAGGUCUGUUAUCCGGAGGGCUUUUCAGCUGAGACGCGUUCCAGAGGAGGCGUUGGAUUUAAUAUCAGCCUCGUUGCGCACGAGUUCUCAAAAGCAGUACGACUGUGCAUUGCGAAAAUGGUGGGAUUUCUGCAAGGAGCGUAACGUUGAUAUUUACACACCAUCGAUCGAGGAUAUUCUCGCGAUCCUUGCGAUAGAAUUUCAAAAAGGUGCAGCCUAUGGAUCUUUGAACUCCUUGCGUUCAGCGAUCUCAUUAAUAGUGGGUCCGUUUGUGGGUCAAGAUCCUCCAGUAAAACGUCUUUUUAAAGGAAUUGCGGAGAAACGUCCGACGAGACCUAAGUACGAUUUUACGUGGGACCCAAAAAUUGUUCUAGAUUAUUUAGAGUCUUUAGGGAACAAUAGUGUUUUGUCAAUGGAGGUUUUAACUGAAAAGCUCGUCAUGCUUCUCGCUCUGGUGACCGGUCAGCGUAUGCAAGCCUUAUCUUUAAUCAAGAUAAGUAACAUUAGUAGAACCGGUAAUGUCCUUCAGAUCAGGAUCCCUGAUACUGUGAAGACUUCAGGCCGAUGUCGCUCUCAACCGCUUUUAACCUUCCCAAGGUGCGAAGAUCGGAGAAGAGUUUGUGUGGUUACGACUCUCGAGUUGUACAUAGAGCGAACUAGUUCGAUACGAAAUGGUGAAGAUUCACUUUUUCUUGGCUUAAAAAGACCUUACAAAAAGGUGUCUUCCCAAACGUUCGCUAGAUGGGUAAAGAAGACAUUGGUGAAAAGUGGAAUCGAUACAGCAAUUUUUUCGGCCCAUAGUACGCGUCAUGCGUCCUCUUCCGCGGCAAUGCGAAAGGGUUUGGAAUGGGACACUAUAAGGAAAUCCACAGGAUGGUCAAAAGAAUCACAAACGUUUGCGCGGUUUUAUAAUCUUCCGAUAUCGACAAGUAGUGUUGCAUAUGCAAGAGCAAUCCUAGAGGAUUAA